CGUGGCCGUGGGUGGGAGCCAUGGACGCCUUCGUCCGCUUCGCCAACCAGAGCCAGGGCCGCGACCGACUUUUCAGAGCCACUCAACAUGCAUGCAUGUUACUUAGAUAUUUGUUAGAGUCUAAAGCUGGCAAAGAGGCGGUGGUAAUGAAGCUCAAGAGUCUGGAGUCCAGUGUGAGCACUGGCCGUAAAUGGUUCAGACUGGGCAACGUGGUCCAUGCCAUCCAAGCAACUGAACAGAGCAUCCAAGUCACCGACCUUGUGCCCCGCUUAUGCCUUACGCUAGCCAACCUGAACCGCGUGGUUUAUUACAUCUGUGACACUGUCCUCUGGGUGAAGAGUGUGGGUCUUACCUCUGGAGUCAACAGAGAGAAAUGGCAAAUGUGGGCGACCCGCCACUACUACUAUUUCCUCCUGAUGAGCCUGGUCCGGGAUCUGUAUGAAAUCCUGCUGCAGAUGGAACGAGUGGCAAGUGACAGAGCAAAGAGAGAGAGGUCAUCCCAGGGCUCUCCUGGGUACAGCGUGGUCCAUGAAGACACCGACUGGCUCCAGUCCUUUCUCCGACUCCUAUUCCACUCUCUGAGGCAGCAUCCUCCUUUGCUCCUAGACACAGUGAAGAACUUCUGUGACAUCCUCAUCCCUUUGAACCAGCUCGGGAUCUACAAGUCCAAUCUUGGUGUCGUAGGACUUGGAGGUCUUGUGUCCUCCGUGGCGGGUCUCAUCACUGUAAUGUAUCCUCAGUUGAAACUGAAGACCCGCUAGGUUUUGGGGGCCUAAUAGGUAACAGCUUAGUUGGAACAAAAUUCUAUUUUUGUCACAGGGUUUUACUGUGCUUAAUUGUUUAAUCAUGUGAGCAUCUUAUCAACCCAUAAUGUGAGAGCAGGACCAACACUGGAGUGUGCAGACUGAUACAUUUUUUUAAAUCCUGCAGUAACUUCUGAAUUUCUGAAUAUUUUCCCUUCAGCUAACAUUGCUAAGUAUUUUUAUAUACACAGCAAGAGCUUAAGGUUUGCUGAAUGAAUAAAAAUGGAAAGGAAAGAAAUCAUGAAAGACCCACAGACACUAGAAUCAUGGGUUGGGUUGUUUGGGUCCCUCAUUUCACAUAGUACAUCAGAGCUGGAGCACGGCACUCCUGGCUCUGGUUAAAGCCUCCCUUUCCUCCCAUCAGUUACUAUGCCCCAUCCCCACAGACGUCAGUGUGGGAUGGAAGGGAGCUGGCUUCCAGCCGCUUAACCCAUUGGCUCUGGCCAUUGCUGCAGUGGGUCCUUAUGUACAGAGGUAGGUUCAGGAAAACCUCAGGACCUCCGUGCUGUGGGUUGUCUGGGUGGAAGCCUCUGGACAUGAUGUGAGUCAGCAAGGGUGCAGUGGGGGGGACGGAGGUGAAAGUGGGUAGAAGGUCACAGUGUGAGACAAAUAAGGAAAUUGACACCAACAAACAAAACUGAACUCAGAGGUUCGUUCUGAUUCUUUUCAAGAUGAGUCCUCUGUACCAUCUCAUGACACAGUUCCAGCAGCAUUUCCAGGCUCAAGAGUCCUUUGCCUUUUGCUCCUUUGCACUCCCCCACACCAGGCCUGGAACUUUGAUGGUUUCUCUUCUAGUCUAUAAAAAUCAAAACAAGUAGGCUUUCCCGGAUUGAUUUUAUUUACAGCUACAUAACACUUUUGGCAAUUCCACAACAGUUUUCGUCAAAAUAAGAGAAUUAAAAUUUUCCUGUGUGUGAAUGUAAGAAUGUCAGUUUUCUGUGAUAAAUCAGGUUUACUAGGGACAGCUGUGGCAAUAGGGCAGUGGGGAUACUGAGUCAGUGCAGUUUGCCUGUGCUUGCUCUUCCCAUUUCAGUUCCUAUUUGAGGUGUGUGGCCUGGGGAAAAGGGAUGCCUGCAGGUGGGCCAGCAUCACACCUACAAAGCCAUGUACAUCAUCUAAGUGGAAACGAGAGAUAUGCACUCAAUAGCUGCUUCCCAUAAGUGUGAGGAAGAUUCUUGAAAAGCAGACUCGGGUCCUUGGCACUCUAUUUUUAAAGUGUGUGAUUUGGGAAAACUUUGGGGGGUAUUCUGGUAGAAACUAAAUUGGCUAAAACAAGACAAAUAUGUUUAAAUAACUUUGUACUGUAACAUGUCAGUAUGUCUAAUACAUUUCUAAACAAAAUUG